ACUUCUCGAGCGAACGCACGACGCGUACGCCACCGCCCGCGGCUACAGUUUAGUGAGCGAACAGCAAGAGGGCUUUGAUGGCUAGCAGCAAGCAGCACGGUACCAUUCGCGACGCCCCUAGUGUUGUAUGCUGGCAAGUUUGUUCCACUGGAUCGCAGGUUUGGCACUGAUUUUAUUUACGAUCCAUUAUCUGUACUAUAUCGUGACGGCGCUACGGUCACCACUGUCGUCCAGUAGUGGCACCAGCAGCAGAACCCACGGCGCUGGCCAUCAUCAAAUGCAGUCCGAGGACGCAAAAUAUAUCAAAAAACGAUGGAAGGGUGGAACCAUCGAGCCACAUCCGACGGAGAAAGCCCUCAUCGUGAACUACAAACUGGAGGCGGCCGUUUUCGGGGAGCCCGGAGAUCCUAUGCUAGAAGACAGGAAGGAUUGCCAACGGAUCAUCCGCCUGAAGUCGCUGAACGCCAAAACGGACCCGGCCGUCCUGGCUCGGGAAGUGGUAGACAAAUGCGACCUCAUCCACAAGUCGCAGCUGUCCGACAUCGAGCAGAUCAUCUACUACCUAAAGAAUCGUAAAAAUGUGGAAAGUCCAGCUACGGCCACCGGUCAGCGGUCGUCGGCAUCUCGCAUUACCACGGGUACGGCCGGAGGUGCCGGCGGGAUCAGUGGAGGCGCGUCCGGCAAGGGCGGUGCAAGUGAUGCGGAAAAGGCGACCAUUCGCAACAUUGACGAGUACAUCGAGCUGCUGUACGAAGAUCUGCCGGAGAAGAUCAAGGGAUCGCGGCUGAUUCUGCAGUUGGCGCGCGAUCCCGACAAUCUGGGCGAACUGGAGAAAAACGAAGCCGUUCUGAGCGCCCUUUCACGGGUGCUUCGCGAAGACUGGCGACGAUCGUUGGAUCUUUCGACCAACAUAAUCUACAUAUUUUUCUGCUUCUCGACGUAUACCAAUUUCCACUCGGUGAUCGUCAACUACAAGAUUGGUUCCUUGUGCAUGGACGUGAUCGAUUACGAGCUGCGUCGGUACGAUCAAAUGAAGAACGAUUUGGAUGCGAGGAAGGGCAGCAGUGCGGGAAGUGAUAAGGGGAAAGAUAAGGAAAAGGAGGUCAAUAAGAGUGCAGAGUAUUUGGACACGAUCAUUGAUCAAGAGAAGCCAAAAGAGAUGGAACCUCCACGAAGAAGGAUACCAGAGCUGAAGCAACGACCCAAAUCGGGCAAUUGGGCAAGCUAUCAUGGAAGUAUGAGUUCCUCACUGGUCAAAGCACACAACAUGAAUAAUAGUUAUCACGAGCAAUUAAACAAGGAAACCACAGCUUCCAACGAUAGUCUCAACAAUCAGUCACCCGAUAGCGAGAAACCCGAUCCAAAGAAGCAGAAAGAUGAUUAUGACAAGAUCAACAAGCAGUUCAAGAUCUUCGCCAAGAAACAGGAACAGCUUUUACGAGUGGCAUUUUACCUGCUUCUCAACAUAGCAGAGAACGUGAAGUUAGAGGAGAAGAUGCGCAAGAAGAACAUCGUAAAGAUGUUGCUGAAGGCGUUGGAACGACAGAACUUUGACCUUCUGGUCCUAGUAGUGACGUUCCUGAAGAAACUUUCGAUCGUCCGCGACAACAAGGACGAAAUGUACGAACUGAACAUUGUGGAGAAGCUCCCACGUCUUCUGCAGUCACAGAAAGACCUGGUGCAGGUGACGCUCAAACUCCUGUUCAAUCUGUCUUUCGACGCCCGGCUGCGAGCCAAGAUGAUACGAGUCGGUUUCCUACCGAAGCUGGUCACCUUCUUGAGCGAUGACAAACAUCACGAGAUCGUGACCAAGAUCCUGUACCACAUGAGUCUGGACGACAAGAUCAAGUCGAUGUUCACCUACACGGACUGCGUUCCGGUCGUGACGGACAUGCUACUGUUGAAUCUGAACCAGAAGUCCGAUCCGGAUCUGAUCGCGCUGGGGAUCAAUUUGGCGCUGAACAAGCGCAAUGCCGCCAUGAUGAUCGAGAACAACCGGCUGCACAACCUGAUGUCCCGGGCGUUCAAGUACCAGGACACGCUAAUGAUGAAACUGAUCCGGAACAUUUCGCUGCAUGAGUCGCUGAGGAUGCACUUUGUGGACUUCGUUGGAGAUUUAGCGAAAAUUUUAACCGAAUGUGACGAUGAGGAGUUCACCGUCGAAUGUCUGGGCAUGCUGGGUAAUUUGGCGUUGCCCGACUUGGACUACUCACAAAUCAUCCACAACUUCAAUCUUAUUCCACUGAUCAGAAAUAUGCUGGUGCCAGGCAAAUACAAGGACGAUCUGGUGCUGGAAACGGUGGUCUUCCUCGGCACCUGCGCGUCGGACGAAUCCUGCGCUAUGCUGCUGUGCAAAGCGGACGUGAUUCUGUCGCUGAUCGAGCUGCUCAAGGCGAAGCAGGAAGACGACGAGAUGGUCCUGCAGAUAGUGUUCGUGUUUCAGCAGGUGCUGCGCAACGAGAGCACCCGGGUGUACAUGAUCAAGGAGACGGAGUCGCCGGCCUACCUGAUCGAUCUGAUGCACGACAAGAAUGCCGAGAUCCGGAAGGUGUGCGAUUUCUGUCUGGACAUCAUUGCCAUUACGGACAACGAGUGGGCCUCGCGAAUCAAGUUGGAGAAAUUCCGAAACCACAACUCCCAGUGGUUAAGUAUGGUGGAAACGCAGGAGGAAACGGACGACAUCCAGGACUAUGGACCGAUGGACGAUGACGACGGUGAUUUGCCGGCGUACUUGACGGCGGACUAUCUGGACCAGUGCAUGCUGUACCAGUCGGGGGAGUCGAACGAUGACGGAGAGGGUAACAACCGGUCCACGUCGGCGAUGUCCAACUACAGCAGACCGAUGAGUCGCUACAGCCGGGACCUUGAGGACUUCGAGGUGGUAUCCUAAUCAGUUAGAAACUAAAAAGAGCAACGGUCCAUGAUCCGGUCUGCUCUGCCAUUCGAAACGCAUUCAUCUGUCCUUCUGGCUGGUAGAGAAAUGUGACCGCUAACAACCAUAGGCAAACUAAACCACAGCAUGACAAACUCAAAUACAAAACUAACGAUACAAAUCAAUGCAAAGGGGGAAAAACACUGUGUUGGAUAUAGCCAACGAGGCUGCUUAGAAGAUGGUAGAGAACUUAGGUAGAAAGAGCUUUCUCGCGAGCUAAUGGGCUCCAAUUAUAAAGAAGUUGGUAUUAUUAGAUUCCUAUGAGCGAUAAAGAUAAGGUGUUUUAAUAUAAAAGCAGAAAGUAUUUAUAGUCACGCCCAUCAAAUCCGCUACAAUUAUAGUGCUCAGCCUUAGAACGUGUCUAUAUCAGAAUAAUAGGAUUAGAUAGCUUUCUCCCCUAUCAUUCGCGCAAACCCUGUCUAUCGAAAACCAACCACACCAAAGCUGAAUCUCCCCUUUUCGAAUGCAAUGCAAGAAUACUUAGGACUCUUAGGAGCAACAACAAUUAUUGUAGUUAGCGUGUUUGUCGCAGCACCCUUUUCCAGUUUCCCGCAAAGUUUGUGUACGCAAAAAAUACGCUUGAAAGUUUGAUGCUUCAAAUUCUAAACUAACUAGAACUAUCCUUUUAUGCAUCACCAGUGUUGUUGGAUGACCACCUGAUCGAUUUACUACUAUAAGCGCGGAAAAGAGAUGUAAACAAUAGUGUGCAAACUGUCAUACAAAACCAUUAUGUCUAGUCUUCUUUUAAUUUGUGAUAAAGAGAUUCCAGUGUUUAAGUUAUGAUCUUAAUUUGGAAACUUAUUUUGUUUGGAUUAUGUUAACUUUCGUUAGAGUUCAUGUAAUCUGGAACGAAUCCGAUGUACGCUUUUUGAAAUUAUUAUGGUUCAAUAUUAUGUAUGUAGUUACAUAGCUUUCCUUUGCAAUAGUUUGUAAAAAAAAUCUUUGAACCCCAAUUUUAACUCUUAGUUUAUGUGCGUUAGUGAAUCUGUCAAAUAUGUACGAAUUCAAAGACAAAGGAAAAACCAAAAAUGCGACAAAAAUAGAGUAUAUCAUAAAUGAUUUUAUCGA